ACUCCAGUCUUUAUCAUUCUCAUGCUUACUAACAAAAAUACUCAACCAUCAAUUGUUGACGGGGGACUGUCUGCCCUACACUGAAAUGAUGUGAGUGAGAUGGUCCUUUUUAGGUGUUGUUUUUGGUUGUUCCAUCUGAGGGUGCUGUUGACUUAGAACAUGGUCAAGAGAUUUGGCUUGGAAGGUUCUUUUAUUGUACACUCAACCAGUUCACGAAAAUGGCUUGAUCCUAUAGACAGUGAGUCACAUGGACUUGGCUUGUUAUAUAAAACAGGCAUUGAGGCCUUCAGUUACUGUUCGCUUGAACAUUAGAAAGGCAAAAGGACUGACCUAAGUGACUUUGAGGGUGAUCGUUGAUGCCAGGCGCGCCGGUUCCAGUAUCUCCGAAAUGGCUGGCCACAUGGGCCUUUCACGCACGACAGUGUCUAGGGUUUACCAAGAAUGGUGUGACAAACAAAUUAAAUCCAGUCAGCGGACGUCCUGUGGGUCGAAGGAGAAUGGCAAGAAUCGUGCACACUAACAGGCGGGCCACAAACAGGCAAAUAAUGGUGCAGUACAACAGUGGUGUGCAGAAUGGCAUCUCGGAAAUCACAACUUGUUGGUCUUUGUCACGGAUGGGUUAUUGCAGCAGACGACCACACCGGAAUCCACUCCUAUCACCUAAAAACAAAAAGAAGCAACUUCAGUGGGCACGUGAUCACCAACACUGGACAAUUAAGGGCUUUGGAGUUAUCCCCGCUCUUUCCAAAGCAACUGAUUCUGGGCCUGGAGAUCCGUGUCAAAGUGUCUGAUUAUGUCCAGGACCGUGUCCGCUCCCUGCGUGCAGCAGAGGCGGGCAGCUACCAGAACAUCGCAUGCUUACGGAGCAACGCCAUGAAGUACCUGCCCAACUUCUUCUCCAAGGGACAGCUCAGUAAGAUGUUCUUCCUGUUUCCUGACCCGCACUUCAAGAAGACCAAGCACAAGUGGAGGAUCAUCAGUCCCACUCUGUUGGCCGAGUACGCCUACACACUGAGAGUAGGGGGUUUGGUGUACACCAACACAGACGUGGAGGAGGUGCAUCUCUGGAUGGUAAAACACUUCAGUGAGCAUCUGCUGUUCACACGGGUCCCCGAUGCAGAACUGGUUGAUGAUGUCAUCAUCAGUCGCUUGGGAACAUGCACAGAGGAGGGGAAGAAGGUGCAGAGGAAUGGAGGGAAGAACUACCUGGCAGUUUUCCGGAGGGUAGAAGACCAAAACUGACACCCCAGUAUUAGACAUCUCAGAUGGUUAAACUGAACAUUUUGCCUUGCUGAUAGGAGUACCAGCUCUUCCCAUGCAAGGACAGAAAAAUGGAUGACCAAAAUCACUGCUAGCAAAGAUGGUCUAUUAUAAUGGCAAGAUAGUCAAGUGACCCCUCUAACAAUGAAAAUUACAUGUCCUCAAAGAUGGAAGGCAGGCCGGAGGAGGCGAGAUUAGGUGGGACCAUUCUAGGCAAUGAGAGAGCAGAUGUGUGUGUGAACAACAUGCCAUAGAGAUAGAAGACUCGUCUUUGUAUCUAUGCCACAAUAGCGUCUGUGACAGCUUGGGCAUCUCCAUCUUUAAAGUAGUCCAUUUUUAUCUUCUUCAAUGGCUGAUUGCUCUCAACUAAUAGGAAUCCCCACCCAGUUGACUACUUUAAAAUGGUGUAAGCCCUCAAUUGCAAUUUCCAUGCUAAAAAUGGUUAUAUCCAUGAUGAGUCCUCUAUCACGGACAACAGGCUGAAAUGUUGCCGAAAUGCCAUGUCCACUUGUAUCCGUUUAUUCGUAACAACCAAAACAAUUACGAAACUUCUAUUAGAUAAAAUAAGCCAUACGUAGCAAAUAAUCAAUAAAAAAAAGUGUUUACAGAAUUCAACACUCAUUGACCUUCAUACAAAGUUUCCUAACUUAGUGGGCUUAUUUUCAUGGCUGGGUUUUGGGCUGAAUAAAACCUCUCACUUUGCCUCUUCCUCUCUACUGCUAGGUUUUCUCCAGGGGUAAAACUGGGCUUGUUCAUCCCGAUUGGUGGACAGUAAUAUGAAUGUGUGGUCAUUGGUCAAGGGUUUAAAUGGCCAAACUGAAGCAUCCACCAUGACCUUUUGUGCCUGAGUUGAGAUUGUGAUUUUUUGACUUAUGCAAGAAGAUCAACACUUUAGCCAUUAUUUAUACUCAAAGCCUGUUGCUAAUUAGACUGUUCACAAAGGCGUGCUAAAUUGGAGAUUCAUCUGCAAUGAAGCUUUGUAUUGAUUCAUUAUACUUUCAUGACAGCAUGAAUAAAUAUUUAUUUUUCUCAUGCCA